AUGUACCAGACGGGGACCAUUGGCCCAGCCCUGUGGAAGACAGUGCAGCAACUUGGCACCAAGCCACACAGCGACUUCCUGCCACAGCCCAGCAUUGUGCUCCUAGGAAUUUAUACAGAGCUAAAAGCUUCUGUCCCCACAAAACCAUGGACAAGAUUAUUCAUAAGUGCCCUAAACUGGGAGCAAACAAGCUGCCCUUCAAUAGCAGUGGCAGAGAUCAAGGUUCGAGACCUUCACAGCAAGGAGGAGGAGCUCCUGAAACAGCUGGACGAUCUCAAGGUGCAGUUGCCCCCCCAUGUCUCCAAGACGCAGAAAGAAAACCUCAGGAAGUUCUACAAAGGCAGGAAGUACCAUCCCCUGGAUCUGCGAGCUAAAAAGACUUGUACUGCGCCUGACAAGCUCUGGAGCACUGAUGAUCAAGAGCACAAGGAGCAGCCGCACCCCCCACUGCAGGAGCACCGGUCAGGCCGACGGUCAGGCCCAAGUCUAACAGGACCAACGAAAACACAAAACUGGAAAAAAAAAAACGUGAUUCAGACGUUGAAACACGAGGGGAAAGAAGAGUCUGAAAAGUCCACAUGCUGUGACUCUGAUCAGCAGGUGUUCUGGAAACAGCAAAACUUACAGAGGCGGGAGAAAGGACACGCCCAGGUCACGCUGGGAAUAGAAGCCACACGUGAGCCCUGUGUCCAGGCGGAUCAGGCCCCUCCCCGCAGGAGCGCACACCAACAGCCCUCCACCUCAGUCAUGUACGUGGAACUGAGCAGCGAGCGUCAAGUAGAACUUCAGCUGUCAGACUGGUUUAAACCCAGAAACCGCCUUGAUGUCGUGACGAUGACAGACUGGCUUGCUCCAGUCAUAUGGGAUGGGACUUUUGACAGGCAGGCCCUGGAGAAAUACUACAGCAGACAGAACAUCACGGUGGGCCUUGCUGUCUUUGCUACUAGCAGGUCUUCACACCAGUACCUGAAGACAUUCUUGAAGUCGGCGAACCUGCACUUCAUGUCUGGCUACAGAGUCAUCUUCUACAUCAUAGCAGACCUCUUCUUCAGGGUGCCAGAAAUACAGCUGGGCCCUCUGCGAACACUCAGGGUGCUCCCAAUAAACAAGGAGGGCUGGUGGUACAACCCGCACCUGGUGCAGAUGAAGGGUCUGGGGGAGUACAUCGUGAGCCACAUCCAGGCUGAGGUGGACUUUCUCUUCAGCAUGACGGUCAACCAGGUCUUCCAGAGCGAGUUUGGGGUGGAGACCCUGGGCACGUCUGUGGCUCAGCUCCACACGUGGUGGUAUUUUAGAAACACCAACAAUUUACCUUACGAGAGGAAGCCAAACUCAGCUGCUUACAUACCAUUUGGGCAGGGGGACUUCUACUAUGAUGGGUCUGUGAUCGGCGGCACCCCCCACAUGAUCCUGAGCCUCAUCGAGGACUAUCUCAACAGAGUCAUUCUCGACAUCGAGAAGGGGCUUAACAGCACCUAUGAAAGGUACCUGAACAAAUACUUUUUCAUCAACAAACCCGCCAAGGUGUUAUCGCCAGAAUACAACUGGGACGCUACCUACUCCCCCCCUGCCAAGAUUCGGUACGUUAGGGUGGUAAAUCAUCGUGAGAGGAAAUCUGAUUAUUUCCUUAAGUUUAUGAACUAUCAGUGA